AAAAUGGAAGUUGGAUAGCCUCCAGUGGAAGGAAAUGUUAAUUUUGCGGUGACAGAGAGUCAGACAAAGGCAAAGAAGCUUAUUUAAGAAGCAGCUAAACUGUUUUGGUUUGGACUGGUAAUGACGUUUCAUCGAAAUAAGAUGAUGAUUUCUUUGCUUCUGUGAUCUUUCAAUUGAAAAAGACGGCUUCUGAAUUUAAACAUGUCAGAGCAGUAUUGUCGGAGUAUUCUGAGGAUAGCCCUGGCUCAGAUUUGUCAGAAUGUGGGGUGGAACUCGGCCCAGUCCACGCCCCUUGAGCUCCUUACUGAUGUCCUGGGACGCUACAUGUUACAGCUGGCUAAAGUCACUCACAGAUAUUCUGAACAGUUUGGAAGAACAGACCCUAACUUGGAUGAUGUGGGGCUGGCGUUCAGACACAUGGGGGUCAGCAUCAGUGAGUUGGAGGAGUAUGUCCGCCAUGUGGAGCCGGCGCCCUUCCCUCACGAAAUUGUACAAUUCCCCGCCCCCAAGAGCUGUAAUUUACAGAUUCCUAAACCUGGUCACAAAGAGUUACAGACAAGGGAUGAGCACAUUGAGGAUUACAUGCCCCUAUUAUAUCCUACCCCAGAAGAUGAGUUGGACAAUGAGACAGAGAAGUCAAACGAUCAGGGAGAGGGGUCAGCCAUGCAGGUAGAUCAAGGUCAGAAUGGGGUCGGAGGUCAAGCAGAGGUCACAGAGGGCAGUAACCUCAUCGUCCCGGGAGACAAACGACCAAUGACAAGCCCAGUGGAGGGAGGCUUGCCAAAGAAAAGACCAAGGUUGACCAAUGCCGCUUUGCCUGAAGAAGCUAUGCAUUCUCAGUAUGAGAUGAAGAGCAUUGCAAUCACACACACUGGGGACCUGACCCCCACCAAGGGAGGAAAACUGCCAGAUGCCAGGACCCCUCCCCAGGGAUUUAAGAAAGCUAGCCAUGACAAGCCUUCAGUUAGUAAGAUCUUCAGGAAAGAAAAGGUGGAUUCAAGACCCUCUACACCCUUAAGCCGGCCAGAAAAGGUGAUAGAGAGCAGUGGAGAAUCCCAGAGAGUGGAGGCAGUAGGAAAAGAGAGAGAGCAGAGAGUGGAGGAGAUUAUGAUUUAUCCAGAUGGAACUAGUAAGAAAAUUCCUCGACAAAAGGGAGGUGGGGAUGAAGUAUCGAACUCAGAGACUGUGUCAAAAUCUGCCUCUCUUCCUGCUUUAGAAGACAAAAUACCAGUCCCAAGUCCAUCAACAAAAGUUAUUCCAAAGAAAAAGAAAGUGGGUCGACCACGAUCUAGGUCAAAAUCUCCCAGGGCCCCAAAAUCACCAGGGCAAGGAAAAAGCCCUGCUCAGCCAGGAAGUAGCCCUCGGGGUCGAGGGAGGCCACCCAAGGACAAAACCCUGCUUAAAACUCCCGAGAAAAAGAAAGAGAGUAAAAAUAUUCCUGUUUUGUCUACGAUGGAGGAAAUGUUUGCCAGUGAUGUGUUGGACUUGUCCAGGAAACCAGCACCACCAGCUGCUUCUGCUAAGGAGAAUGUGGAGAAGAAACCAACUGAUGUGGAGUUACCUCUUGAUCUCAGUAGUAAAAGUAAGGAGAAGGCCAGAGGUAGGGGAAGGCCACCUCUAAGUCCCGAGAAGAAACGAGCCCGAGAAAUGAACAUUGAUCUUUGUAUCGAGGCUGUAUUGAAGAUGUCUAGAGAAGGAGAUUCUGAAGGGGGUGCAAUGAAGGAGAAAGAAGUUAAAUCAGAGAGGAUAGCAGAAGAGAUGUCAGAAGCAAACCAAGAGGACACGAAUCCGGCUAUUGAGGACAGCAUUGAUGCCCCUCCCUCUGUGACUGUGAAAAGAGAAAUGAUUGAGGAGGAGGCUGCAUCAUUUGACUUGUCUGAACAGAAGAAGAAAAAGAAGAAGGAGAAGACACCAAAACAGAAAGAAGAGCAUCCGAGUGAAGAGGUAAAAGACAAGCUGAAGGAUAAGCUGAAAGGGAAAGAUUUCGUCAGCGAGACGGUCAAGGCAGAGCCCCCGGAGGAGGAGGUCUCCAGACCCCCCAACGUGUACGACUUCCCAGAAAGUCCCCCCAAACCACCAGAACAAGUCAAAAAGGAGGUCACUCAGUCUCCACAGAAGAUGUUCAGUGUGGAGUUUGUGGAUAAAGAAGUGGAGAAUAAGGAGGGAGAGAAGGUCAAGGAGAAAAGUAGAGAUAAACCAGAGAAGGAGAGAUCCAAG